AUGAGUAAUAUGAAAUUAAAUUAUGGCAUUUACACCUGGACACUAAUACUAUUAAUUUUUGCUACAAGUCUCGUGGUGGCAGGUCGAGAUUUUUAUAAAAUUUUAAAUGUACCAAAAUCAGCGACAUUAAAUCAGAUAAAAAAAGCUUUUAGAAAAUUAGCAAAAGAAUUACAUCCAGAUAAAAAUAAAGACGAUGCACGUGCACAAGAACGUUUUCAAGAUCUUGGUGCAGCGUAUGAGACAUUAUCCGAUCCAGAUAAACGAAAAAUUUAUGACAAAUCGGGAGAAGAAGGAGUGAAAAGGCAUGGGGACGAUGGUGGAUUCCAUGAUCCAUUUCCAAAUUUUUUUGGAGAUAUUUUUGGUGGUGGAGGAGGUGGUGGCGAAAGUAAUGUGCCUCGUGGUGGUGAUGUCAUUUUAGACAUAUUUGUUACACUUGAAGAAGUCUAUAGUGGUAACUUCGUUGAAGUAGUUCGUGCUAAACCGGUGGCAAGAAAAGCAAGCGGAAGUCGUCAAUGUAAUUGUCGAACGGAAAUGCGUACAAAACCAUUGGGAGCAGGGCGAUUUCAAAUGAUACAAGAACAAGUGUGUGAUAAAUGUGAUAAUAUCAAAUUUGUAACAGAAGAAAGCGUAUUAGAAAUUGAAAUAGAACCAGGUGUUCUCGAUGGAUUUCAGUAUCCAUUUACUGCUGAAGGAGAGCCACACAUUGAUGGAGAGCCAGGAGAUUUAAUAUUUAUUAUUCGACUACAAAAGCAUAAAAAAUUUGAACGAAAAAAUAAUGAUUUAUAUAUAAAUUUAACAAUAACAUUACAAGAUGCAUUAAAUGGUUUUGAUGUUGAAUUUCCACAUUUAGAUGGACAUAAAGUAAAAUUAACACGUGAAAAAAUUACUUGGCCAGGUGUUAGAAUUAGGAAAAAGGGUGAAGGUCUACCAGCACAUGAGAGCAAUACAAUUGUUGGUGAUUUAUUUAUAACAAUUGAUGUUGAUUUUCCAAAAGGUGAAUUGAAUACGGAUCAACGAGAAGCUGUGAAAACGUUGCUCAAUCAACAAUCAAAACAUAAUUUGUACAAUGGAUUAUAG